GUUCGCGCCAGUCCGCCGCUCCGUGCACGUCGCUCCGACAGAGAGGAAAAACAAGCGAGGAUCGCGCGUCGCGCCGAGGCUGCUGUGUGUUCACCGUCGGCCGCGUUUGUUUACGAGUGAGCGUGUUCCCGCAGCGCACCCGCGGUGCCAAACACCCCCUCGCCCCGCGCCUGGAAUGAUGCCUGCCUGCCCGUGCGCCGCCGGGUUCCAUUGUUGCUGCCAGUGCUGCUUCCGCAAUCGACGCCGACGCAUCGACAGGCGACCGUAGCCUACCGCCGCCAUUUUCGGGAGGUCGCCCAGUUGUGCCACAACAGCCCGCCUCCCUCCUCAGCACGCACUUCCGCCGCCUCUCCCACCCCAGUAACCCCUCCCCCACUCUCUAGCCCCCUACCCUUCCGGCGCAGUGCCUAAGCGUGCGCGACGCCUGACGUCCCAAGGCGUCGCCCGUUGUUGCCGCUGUCCAUUACCGACCGCUUGCUGCCAGCGCCUACGCGAAGACAACAGGUGGUCGGAGAGAGACACUGGGACACCGUACCCUAGCUUUACCGCGUUCCUCCUCUGCAUUCCUGACAGCCUGGACUGAGUUGGUUGUGUGGACUUCUUGCGGUUCCAGUUCCGACCACGGCCCUAUCCGGCUAAUUCGACAAUCGCGCCAACAAUCGAACUAAGGCGACGACCGCUGCUUCGUGCUCAGCUGCUUACAACUAAAAGGUAGGCGACAUCAACUGUGUACCGUCUCCUGUAGUCGCAAGCUGCUCGUUCUAAGCUAAUGGUGAGUCCUGUGAGAACGUCGACCAUUCUCCGUACGCUGCAUUCUUUGGACCUUACCGUGGUCGCAGCCCAAUUCCACAUCCUCCAUCAGGACCCAGGGAAGUGAGAGAACUGUUCGAAUGAAGAACAUUAGAAGCUUCCUCAACUGUUGCUGCCGGUCUUACGUUAGUGACUGAGUGCCAUCUGCAGUAGAUAGUGAUUACCCGGCAACUGGACUGAACUCGACGUGAAAGAUUGUGUUUCUUUUUAUAUGAGCAUUAUAUUUUUAUACGAACAGUUUGGUGUAGUUUCGCAAAUUAUAUUUAGUUUUAUGCAGACUUUUUUAUAAUAUAGGAGUUAGUUAUCACCGCUGUAACAUAUUUCAUGGGAAAAUUGCUUUAAUAGGAAGGUUGGUGCAGUGUACAACAUAUCGAAAGGUUUCAAGCUUUAAUAUAAUAGGCAGUAAGUAAGCGUCUUUGUGAUAAAAUCGUCUGCGGUUAUUCGGCGUAGCGAGCGCAGGGCAAUUAGGCGAAGAAGUUAGUGGGCGUGCCGAGCAGAAAGCCCUCGGCUGCGUAGUUCAGAAGUCCCCGGCGGCUGACAAGGUGGCGGCAAAGCGAGGCGCCACCAUGUACAACCUGAACGUCAACGUGAACCUGACGCCCGGUGGCGUCGGGGGCGGGCCCGGCGGCCUGCUCGGGGUGGAGGGCGCGUGCACCACCCCCAAGACGCCCGAGAUCCUCAACUCGCUGAUCGCCAUGUCCAACCCGUUCGACGGCUACCCCACGGCGGCCGGCGGCGGCGCCGGCGUGCGCGGCGCCGGCGGCGGCGGGGGCGGCGUCGGGGGCGGGCCGCGCAUCGCCUCCGUGCCCCCGGGUCACAGCAGCCUCGGUGACGGCGGCUGCGCCAGCGGCGGCGGAUCUGCGUCGCGGUCGCCUCUGUCCAGCCCCACAGGCACCCCGCCGUCGGUGCAGCACAUGUGCUCGCAGCUGAUCAAGGACAGCCUCAAGAUGACCAUCCAGAAGAAGCGCGAGGCGACCGGCUCGGCGCUGCUGGACGACGGGGCGUACGGCCCGGAGCGGGGGCCCAAGGCGGCCAAGCGCGAGGGCGACGACGAGCUGACGCCAGAAGACGAAGAAAGGCGAAGAAGGCGAAGAGAACGAAACAAAAUCGCUGCGACGAAGUGUAGGCUGAAGAAGAGGGAGAGGACCGUGAAUCUAGUACAGGAGUCCGAAAUCCUGGAGACGCAGAACCACGACCUGAAGAGCCAGAUUCAGGACCUGGAGGCGCAGCGGCGCCGCCUGAUCGACAUGCUGUCCAUGCACACGCCCACCUGCCUCAAGAACUCGGGGGGCGCUCCGCCGACGGCUGGCUCAGCAGGUACACAGUCCGGGGACAACUUCGGCACAAAUGGCGACUCUCUGCCGCAGACCUACGAAGCAUUCAUUGCGAGUAGCACCUACCACCAGCACCACCACCACCACCACAACCACCAUGCCCAGCAGCACCACCAGCACCAACCGGAGCAGCAGUACCCAUCAUCGUGCAACUAUAGCAGUGGCUAUCCCUCACCGGGGGCCGGUAUUGAUGGUGGCUGCAUGGCUUAACAGGGCCCUGAGCUCUUUACGAGAAUCGAGGAUCGUAGUAACCUUAAUCUGUUGUAGAACUUGAAUGUAAGAUGUACACUAUGAAAAAUUGCUUCAGUGCUGGUGUCUACAAAGUACAUAAAACCUAUUUGUAAAAUAUCUGGCUUUAGACCCAUAUGACAAAUUGUUCAGUGCAUUCAGCAAACAAUGUAAACAACAGUUUGGGAUACAUCCUGAACUAUAAAGUCAUGUGUACCUCUCAUGCUUCCAAAAUAGUCAUCUUCCACUGUUUUCAUUUACUCUACCUUCAUGUAUGAUUCUAAAAUACGCAAAGUAGAAUAAAAUUUGAACUUUAUCCAUAAUUUCUCAAAGUAUGUUACUGCUGCCUUAAUUGUCUGAAGAACCCAAGUAUUCUAAAUAUCCUGCAAGAAAGAGUCAAUACAUCAAAGUGCCUUACCAGAUUAUAAUUUUAACAUUUUUGCAGAGCAAGCACAUAAUUGCUAUCAGUGUCUAAAAAUUUGCGAGAAAAAUUCAGAAAUAUCUGCUUUUAAGAUUUCAGGAAAAAGAAAUCACCAAGGUUCCAUAAAGAAUCGGCCACGUACACAGAACAACAGAAAUGUCAGUUUUCAAACUGCACUGUGGCAGAAGUGAGUAAGUACUAAUAUGGUUUAUUAGAGAACAAUGUGUUAUCAAGGACAUUAAAAACUAAACUUGUCCAUGAUUUUCAAAAUAUUAACUCACAACAUUUUUGUACCUUUUAUAUAACAUUUGACACUUGUGAUAAUGUAAUUGCUGUAACUGGAAUGUGUGUGUGCGCGCGCGCGUGCGCGCCUGUGUGUGUGUGUGUGUGUGUGUGUGUGUGUGUGUGUGUGUGUGUGUGUGUGUGUGUGUAGGUGUGUGUGUGUGUGUGCAAAGUACUAUGAUAUUUUGUGAGUCAAUUGUAAGAAUAUCACCAAAGCUGACAAUAUGAGAAGUUGAGGUUUAGAAAUGUCCAGCUAUUUCAUCAACGAAAGCUUCUCUUUAUGAAGAUCAAUGCCCUCAUCGCAAAUAGGACAAUUAACAUCAUUUUUCGAAAAAAGUAAAAUAAAAUACACUCAGUCACUGAUUGGUGUCUUCCCGUUGUAGAUGCUUUAAAAACAAAGGAUGUGAACUGAGAGAUCAUUGUUUGCCACUGUUGAAAUUCCAGUUACAGUUUCAUAUUUUAUACUCAUUCUUUGUGAAAAAAGGAGUGUUAUUUAUAUAUUUUGUACUCUUUAAUUUCUUAUUGUUAUUGCUGCUGCUUGUAAGCAUCAGUGAUACUCUUGAUGUAUGUUGAAACUGGUGCUUAACUUAGGUGCUACAAAUUUCCUUAAAGGGGAUUAAGACUUCUUUUAUGUGUUCACUUUUCAGGCCUUUGCACUACUUUCAAUGUUUAUUUUUCUGUAAACACAUUUUGAAAGUCACUAAAUUACUAAAAUUACAUUCUUCUUGCACAACAUUUUGUGUGUUCGUCACAGGAUUAAUAGUCUAUGAUAAUUUAUAUUCUGUUAGAGCUAUUGUAUUGAAGCUAUAAUUCAACAUUGUUCUUUAUAUUUUUAUUGUAUUUUUUUUCAAAACCAUUGCCGCAAGUAAUUUUAGCAUGUUUUAUGUCUUUAUGGUAUCAGAACAAAUGUGUAAAGUAAAUAAACUAUAUUGUAAGUGUGCAUAGCCUAUGUUCCUUUAUUUACGAGAUUAAGGUUAAUGUUUGUAAAAAUGCUUAUUGUUUUUAUUGUGUUUUAUAAGAAGUUGUGUGUUGUGCUUGUAUACAAUAACUGUUUAUAUUUUAGUAUAAAAGUUAAUGGUAGAACAUAGGAUGCAGACUUUAAGCUUCUAUUUUUAUAAUUUUUUUGCACAAGUUUUAAUGAACCAUAAGUAAUUUUUAUAAGAGUGAUUUAUUCUCCAUUUAAACUAGUAUAAUAAUGAGUCAUAUAGUUCUUACAUUAAUAACCACGAGUAUUUGUAUUAAUAGUACAAUUUUGUGUCUCUUAGUGCACUUUUAGGAACUGCUUCAUUAAUUAGGUUGCACAAAAUAUUGAAUUUCGACAGGUUAUCUGUUACAAGGCAGUUUUUUAUAUGUUUCAAAAUGCUGUUUCAUUGAAGCUUUUGCUCCAGUCAUAUAUUAAAAUAUGAACUGCCUGCAAAAUAUGUGGAGCAUUAUGUGUGUGGGGAUUGGGGAUGCAGCUAAAUCUAAAGAAACUGAAAAACGAACUUAGCCACAUCUCAUACUGAAUGUGUGCAACAAGAAAUAUGACUAUACUGGUACCUAUUUAUAGAAACAAUAACAGUUAUUGCAUUUCAUACUGUUCCAAGCACUCCAGGUGUCUCCACACAUUGAUUUUGUAGUAUAUAUUAAGUAUAUUUCGUUCUUGGUUUCACAUAUUUAAAUAUAUAGAACGGGAUUUUCCAUUAAGAUACUUCCAUCACUUAGGUGCUUUUUGGACCAACAAUUAAUUUAAUAUCGUUAGUUUAGUAGCUAUAAAAGGGUAGUAAACUGCUUUUCAUUCUUCUGCAGAGUUAACUUCUGAAAGAAACAUGCUUAAAAACUCUUCCAAGCUGAACUCAUAUGUAAAUAGGAAAGGGAGUUAAGGAAUAAUUUUUUGAGGACACUAGGUUUCUGAUGUAAAGUAUAUGCAGUUGUAGAACACGGAUUGAGCUGUAUGAUAUGAGGCUAUCCAUGAACAGAACAAUACAUUAUUUCACUGACUAUUCAAAACUCGUGAAUGUAAAAUUUUUUGCAAUUUAUGUGAAUCAACAGUGGAGACAACAUUUUAAUAAAGGUAAAACAACUAUUGUAAUUAUACAGAAUAUAACAGCAAAUAGAACAGUAAAUUUCCCUCCUUUUUGAACUUGUUGCUACAUUUGGUACAGAGAAAUAGUAACAUUUUUCUGCUGCACCUCAGUUUCUUCACACCUGACAAUAACUGUAGUGUACACAAAGUACUAUUUUUCAAAGUGAAAAGUAUCACCAAAAAUUUAAUCAGAGAGCUUUUUUUUGCAACGGAAUGUUUAUUGUUUAGGAAUGACACAAAUAUAUUUUGUAAAUACCUAAACUAAGAUACGUCAUUUGUAUUUUGGAGGAUGAGAGCCUCAGUCUUACCAAAGGAAUAUCUUCAAAUUAACAUUAUUAUUCCAUGUGUGCUAAAUCAUUAUGUGCCAUUUAGUUUUGAUGGGGUCUUUUCUUCCAUAAAUGCUGAUAGUUCACUUUUGGUAUCUGUUUUACCUCUAGUGUGAUCAACAAUUUUCCAAAAUGGAAGUGCCUUAAUUGUAAACAAAUAUUUUUGCAAUGGAUAGUGGUAAAUUAAUACAGGUCUGACCUGAUUACCUCUUGUUAGGCUGUGUUAUAUGAGAAUAAUUUUUAGUGUUCAAAACACUCAUUGCCAUUCAUUCUGUAACAACAUUCUUGUCAUGUUUGCUUGAACAAAUUUGACAAAGAAAGUUAUAAGAAGCCAUUAGUAGCAGUAACUUUAGCUCAUCUUUUCUGAUAUCUGUUCUGAUGCAAAUUAAUUUUUACUUUGGAAUGUACACACAUUCAUGAGCUUCGUUCCUAAUAAUGUAGUGAAGUGAAAGAUUGAGAUAAAAGUACUGCUACUGUUUGUUAUUGUUGGUAUGAGAACAACAAUAAUUUUCUACAUCAGCCUAGACUACUUUCUUGGUAACUGGCUGUAAUUUCAAUUUACCUUCAGUUUAUGAGGUUCAAUAAUGGCAAACUGUUAAGUGAUAUACUAAUCAGUGCUAAUAAGAGUUUUUAUUUACUUGGAACAUUAGUUUAAAUUAUUUUCAUUUAUGUUAUUAUUGUCACUUCCAGAGAGGUCACUCAUUAAGGUGUUUACUUUUGCAUAUAUAACAAAACAGUUCUGAAGACAAUCAUCUUAAUGAAUCUGUAACAAGAAAUUGACAUAAAUAUGUACAGCUUCAAUAUUAUUUCACAGAGUGAAAUACGUUUCUUCAACCAUUCCAAAUGAGAACUAUGUCUGGUAUGUCAAACAGCUGGUAAUUCCAUUUAUAGAUAUUUUGAGUUUCUUUGUGUGGUAUGUCACUGUGAGUGUUUCUUUGUAUUCUGUGAACUUGUUGCCAAGGAUGUGGUUGUUUACUAAAUAACACUCUGCUUUACGAAUAUAUGUAAUGUGAAAUUGUGCACAUUAUAAAAAUAUAUACUCUGACAAUAGAAUCAAGUUAAUCUGAAGUCAGUACAGUUCGUAUCAUGAGUAAAUAAUUAAUUCCAAUGCUGACAACACAGCAUAAAAUUGUAACACCUUGAGGUGUACAUUUUAUAAACAUUGCUCAGGUGAAGCAGACUGCACCCUUUCGCUUACGUGUCAAAUAAGUAUUGUUUAUUGCUUGUCUUAAUUUUUUUCAUCUGCUUAUGAAUUCAUGGAACAGUAUAACACAAACUUUGUUUUAAACUGUUUCAUCAGCUUAUGUAUGCAUUGUAAUACAGUAACACAAUAAAUUGUUGAAACUCAAGACUUCAGAAGAGCAAGUAUCAAAAGUUUUAUUAAAGAAAUGUUUAUAACACUAUACACAAAUAAAAAUCACAAAAAUUUGUUUUAUAUAAUAUCUAUCAAGUUGCUUAUUAGCAGUUAAUUCUAAAAUGUAUAAUUUCAAGCUUUUACUAAAUUACCUUUUUAUAUGUAAUAGAAUGGUAACAGUAAGUGUUUUGUACAAAUACAUAAAAUUAAUAGUUUGUUGCUUGCUGCUUGGUUCGUCAGAGUGCAGAAUCAUUCCUUUUAUCUCAGUGAUGUAUUAAGUACUUCAGUACCUGGAAGCUGUGGGCUUUAAAAGUUAUUUGGAAAAUAAUGGACCACAUGUAUUUUUUCUAUAAUUAAAACACUCUAUGUAAUAAAACUAUUUCUUACCUCUA